UCCAGGAUCUUCUCCCCACUUUUUUUUCUUGCAGGGCCACCAUAUUUUUUUCAUAAUUUCACAGAAUUCCGUAAUCACUGUCGUCAGCACACAGGUUUAGGAAAAUAUGUCAUUUGUUUAUUCCUCAUCUGUAAAGUUUUUACAGGUUCAGUUAUUUUUACAGCCUUUAUUUGCAUGACCUUUAUGGUUGUGCUGGUUGUGACGAUAACGGCUGGAGAUGUCUGUUGAGGCUGGUAUGAAAACAGGAAACGCUUGGAACCUGCAGCUUUUUCUGAAAGUGAAACGUGAGCAGACGGGCUGAUGCUCAGGAGGACUUCAGCAGAAAGUCGGCACACAACCGCAGAACUAACUCCAAACCACAAGGGGGUCCAAAUCUGGGUCUCCUUGUGCCGGCCCCCAGCCCGGAUAAAAUACAGGGUUGUGUCAAGAAGGGCGUCCGGCAUAAAAAUCUCUACCAAAACUCCCUGUGUGAAUCAGUGGAAGCCGAUUUGCGGUGGCGACCCCUGAAAAGAUCUGCCAAAAGGUGAACAACUCCAGAUCCGUCCAAUAAAUCCAGAUUUACUAAACUAAAAUGAAAAGUUACCAGAUUUCAAGAAAAGUGUUUUGGGCAGUGGUUCUUGCCUUUUAUCAGUUCUUCUACAAGCCUUGGCAAGGCCAAUAACUGCAGGUUGCAGAUAAUCAAAUCUGCAACCUCAAAAGUCUGUUCCCCCUUAAGCGGCGAGAACAUUGUGUUCAAAAACAGGAGCACAGACACGUGGCUCGCCACCUGCUGCUGCUGCCAGGAGGUGGAGCUUCUCCAUUUUCGAAUGAUGUCAAAGAAACAAAAGAAGAUGCCAUGGUUUGCAUCUCUGUGUGUGAGGCCCCACCUUCCCGCUUUGCGUAAUCUAUGCACAGCUUCUUGCUCUGACUUGUUAGUCUGCGGUUUAACGGACAGAAAGUAAGAAGCUGCAGACACAGACGCACAAAGACUCACAUCAGUGACACUGACCCACAAAGACGUGAUGGCGAUGGAUUACACAAACUUCAUCAACUCCACUUCAUCUCCUGACAUCUUCACAGCGAUGACCUCAAAGGACCUGCUGAGUUCCGAUCUUUCUUUCACCACUGUUGAUGACUAUGAUGAUUACGAGGACAAUGACACCGACCUGAUGUGUGACCGAUCCUCAGUGCGCACCUUCAGAGGGCAGUAUGAGCCGCCCCUCUUCUUGAUAAUUGCCAUUGUCGGGGGCAUUGGGAACCUGGCGGUGGUGUGGAUCUACCUGAACGUCCGUCGGCGACUGAAGACCAUGACAGACAUGUACCUGCUGAACCUGGCGGCCGCAGACCUCCUGUUCUUGGCCACGCUGCCGCUCUGGGCAGCCGAGGCAUCGUACAGCUGGACAUUUGGUUCCGCCUUCUGCAAGCUGAACUCCGCCCUCUACAAGGUGAACCUGUUCAGCAGCAUGCUGCUACUCACGUGCAUCAGCGUUGACCGCUACAUCGUCAUAGUGCAGUCAACCAAAGCCCAGAACUCAAAGAUGGAGCGGCGGCGCUUGAGCCAGCUGGUCUGCGCAGGAGUGUGGCUGCUGGCCCUGCUCCUCGCCACACCUGAGCUGGUGUUCGCCAAACCUGCCCCAGUGGAGUCCAAAUACUACUGCAGGAUGGUUUUCCCCUCAAACAUAGGAAACCGCACCAAGAUCCUGGUUUUGUCGCUGCAGGUGAGCAUGGGCUUCUGCCUGCCCUUCAUCGCUAUGGUCUUCUGCUACAGUGUCAUCGUCGCCAAACUGCUCAAGACCCGCAGCUUCCAGAAGCACAAGGCCAUGCGCGUCAUCCUGAGCGUGGUGGUGGUGUUCGUGGUGUCACAGCUGCCCUACAACAUCACGCUGGUGAUGGAGGCCAUGCAAGCCACCAACAUGACUGUGACGAACUGUGAAAGGGUGAAGGCCCUGGACAAGGCGGGCCAGGUGCUGAAGAGUCUGGCCUACAUGCACGCCUGCCUUAACCCCUUCCUCUAUGUGUUUGUGGGCGUGCGCUUUCGCCACGACUUUGUGCGCCUGCUGCACCCCUGCUUCGGUCGGCCGCCGGCCAAAGUGAGCUCACUGGGGAAGACCAGGAGUCCUAUUCCCUCCACAAGAGCUUCUGUGAUGUCUGACAGCGAAACCUCACAGGCGCUGUCAUUGUAGACUCUCCCCAACGCCACUUCCUGUUUGUGUAGCAGCAGCAGCCAUGGUGGCAGGGGGAGUGUGGCACACUUACAGGAAGAGUGGCACCACACCUCAGUCUUAAGAACUUCCUUGCUGAUGCCUGCUUCAGCUCAGCAUUUACACCCAACCGUCCCUCAAGGCCAUCGUUGGACCUGAAACCGCUGCUUUAUCCGCACCUGUGAACCACAGCUGAAGCCCCCACUCCCAGAACUUCUUACUGAACCACAGAGUGAAAGAACUUAAGUUUCAUCCUUUGAAACCUGACUGAACACUUUUCUAUUUUAUGACGCCAAAGACUCCUGCUGAUGAAUGUGAAACUUCUUCCUAAAAGUGUAUGGUUGUAUCUGCUGCUGCUGAGGGUCAUGACCUCUGUUUGCGACCUGCCGGGUUUGAACAGAAGCUCAUGGUGCUGUACUGAGCCCAGUGUGCCUGAAUGUGAAGUAUGUUAUUUGUAGCCCUGCUAGACCUUAUUCUGUAUUAUAUAUGUUUUUGGAGCCAAAAUAAAGUGAGCUGCGUCAGUGUGAGCUGCAGAGGAAGUGGUUCAAACUGCGUCACGCUGCUUUCUUCACA